GCCAUUAAAUCUCCCACUUGGGAGCGCGAAUGCCUGAUGAUUCAGCCUGGUAUAUAGGAGCCUUACCUAGAAGAAGUACGCCAUCGGAGGACAACCAUAACGUUGUCUACAAUAAUAAGCUGUUUCUCCCCGUUUUGGCGUUAAGGCUGUUCUCCGAACCUUAUCCCAUCCGUCAAAUUGAAAACUGGUGCCGGAGAUGGAAAGUUUGCAUCAACGCACAAAAGUCCCAAAUAUGAAUCAUUAGACGAAAGAAAAGUCCCAACCUACGAGGAAACAACUUCUCAUCUUUAACGAGCCGGUCUCGACAGUCAAACAAGCAAAAUAUCUCGGAAUCAUAAUUAAUGACUACCUCACCUGGGAAAAUCACAUUCAACAUGUCAAGAAGAAAGCUAAUUAUGUUUACCACUUCCUUCUCCCUCUGCUAGGUAAAUACUCAAGAUUGGACUUUGGCAAGAAAAGGCAUAUCUAUCUCUCAUUCAUAAAUCAAUAAUGACUUAUGCCUGCCCUGCCUGGGCCGCUGCAACAUAGCAAAAAUUAACCAGCUACGAAUUCUAUUGUCUAAAAUCCUAAGAUGCAUGACAAAUGCGCACUACUUUGUGAGAAACGAACAACUUCAGGAUUUGAAAAUAUGUAAAAGACUAUCUCCUUUUAACAAAUAGGACAUUCUUCAACUCUGCCAAACAAUGCGAUUUCCUUACUUAUUCUGGAACCUUCCAUUAAGUUACUGAAUGAGGAUAGAUAUUUCCGACCCCUUGCAGCCCAUAUGUUUGCCGAAAAUCAGAAUUUUCCCACCUAACUGUAUUUUCCGGACUUGACAUGUCGUCACUGCGUAGCAUCAGUUUAUUAUUCUCCCACUCCAGGACGUGCUGCUGAUUAUUUCUCAGACCUGUGCUAUCUUGCGGUCUCCCCUUCUCAGCAUGAAAACCUCGCUUUCAAGCACCAGGAAAACUUCAGGCGGCCCACAGUCAGGCGGCCCACAGGGCAGUUAUUUCAAAGAGCCGGAACACGUCCUACAAAUAGUAUGAUAUUCGCGGCAUAUCAGCGGCACUUGGACCUGCAAACAGAGCGAGAUAGAGACAAUGGGCUUUCUUCUGAUCGCUAGAGCUGGAGCAAACCGCAUGUAUUCAUUACCGAGAUAGCAGCGGAGGCAGAGGAUUGAGUUGAAUUUUAUGGUUUUUAAUUUCCGGAAAACGUUUUAUCAGAAAGGAUUUGGCAUCCGGAAGUUUAUGUGUGAAAAGCGGUCUGCAUGAGCGGGCUUGACAUGAGUGUCUUGUGUUUUUAUCCCAAAUUUUGAUUGUGUUUAUCUUCUGUGGUAAUGGAAGGCAAUGCAUCCCCUGAUGCAUCUGCUGAAAUACAUAAUUUGUGUUUGGAAAUAAAGCAUGCUUUUAAUGCACGGCCAGAAGAUGCUGAAUUGAAGUGGUCAUUAUUAAAAAAAUAUAAAUUAAAAUACCUCCCUGAAAGUCAUAAUAAUCAAGCUUUUAUAUCUAGCUAUUAUUCCGUUCUGUCAGCAUUAUUAGAUUCUCUAAAACCAACUAUUUUUACUGAAAAAUGGCAGGAAAAAUUGUUUGAUGACAUUUUUCUCAGUGGAGUACACCAUGAAGCUUUUAUGAUUUUGGCUAGACGAUUAAAUGAAACCUGUGAAAGUUAUGCACAGGAAAAAAUUCUCAGUCUUCUGCAGAUGUUUCUUAAAAGCUCAAGUAUUGAUUCCAUGCUACAUUUUCAAUGUGUUAGUAGCGUGUGGAAUCCAAAAUUCAUAGCAAGUUCAAAAAUGUGGGAUGAUUUGAUUACCUUAAUGGUAUCAUUGUCUGAAAGAAUAGCUAAUAAAACAAAAGGGCAAAUGAACAAAAUAUUUGGCAUUAAUUUUUAUGUACCUCUUUUGGCAUCAUCAGUUCUAAAAGUAUUAGGUCAACUUCAUGAAAAAAUUAUCAGUUGUGAUCAAGACUGUAGCCUUGAAUUCUUGGCUAAAUUAAUUGGAAGGCUUUGUGUUGUUGGGCAUGCUACUAUUAUUGCUAAGAAAUUUUCUGUAGAAUUUAUAAAAUAUUGUGAAUCAGAUUAUGUAUGGAGGCGGAUGGCUCAACAUCUAAUUAAAAAAAUGCCUGCAGCUUCUCUGGAGUCAUUCAUUACAAAUAUGCUUUUAGUUAUCCCCUGGUAUGGUUAUGUUGAUUGGAUUCUAGGAGAUGAAGGUGUUAAAAUUGAAAAGUUGAACUUUAUCAUGACAGUUAAAUUGUUUCUCAUGCGAUGUUUUCAAUCAGAACUGAUUCUUCAGAAUAUAAUAGGUUAUUUUGCUAGUUCAGAUAGUCGAAUAAGUUCUUUUUGGAAGAUUUUUGAUACUUUACUUUCUUCUUGGACUGAUGCAAGUACUAUGAAAUACCAAAGUUUUCAACAGCAAAAAUAUAUUGCUUCUGCUCUAAUAGUGUGUGCAGGAUGGUUAAAAAAAUUAAAAGAAAAUACAAACAGAAAAGUACAUUUAGAUAAAGUGUUAUAUGGAACACACAUAAGAAUUGCAAGCUCUGAAGCAUCUGUUCGUAACCUGGGCAUGAUCGUUGGAGAUAAAUUGAUAACUGCUAUUGAUCCUGAAGCUCCAAAACUAGAAUUUGAGCAUACAGAUACUAAAUUAGUAAAUUAUGCUCAGAACUUGAUUGAAAUUCCACGCAAACCAGAGAAAGAUUCUUU